AUGGCAUCUUAUAAUCCCUUUGCUCGACGGGAUUCGUAUGACCGAUAUUCCCUAAGUUCCUAUCGUCUUCUGGUCCCCUUGUCUUGGGCUCUGGUUGUCGUUAUCGGAGUAUAUUAUACUAUUAGCGCACCCAAUGAUAUCAAGCAUGGCCAUUCCAUCUUCACGCAAGCAGAUCGACACAUCACCCCGUUCAGUCUGAAUAUUAUUGUUACGGGGAUAUUUUGGAUCCUACUGCUUCUCUCCCAGCUCAGCUACGUCUAUCAUCUCUUCCAUAGAGAUGAAGCGAUCGUCACGGCGACUGCUAACGUGGGAACUCAUUUUAUCCUGAACAACUUGCUCAUCUUUGCAUGGAUUCUUCUAUGGACUCGGAACCAUUUCUGGGGCUCCGAGGUCAUUCUGAUCGUGAACUUCGUGAAUCAACUGGUAGCCUAUUGGCGACAUCGCACUCUACCACGCAUUGUACAUCUGGCCACUAUCGCAGGUCCCUUUGCCUGGACACUAGUGGCACUGUUCUGGAACGGAGCUGUUGCCGUGAAGAGUAACUCUCAAGCGGCCAGGAUCGCGGCCAACGUCUUCAUUUGGGUGAUUUAUGUUAUUGGAACUGCUCAUAUCACGGUGGCCCAAGAUGAUCUUCUGGGGUAUUGUCUAAGCUUUUUGUCCUUUGGCCUUGCGUUGAAGCAGAUUGCCGUCAAGACGAUCGCUCUGCAGUGGAUAUUUGCCUUCGUCAUUUUUGCCGUUUUUCUUGUGAAUUCUCUCUAUGUCUCUAUCACCAGGCGCAGUGGUCGCGAUAUCUUCUUCCGUAAACGUGUCCUGCCGGAAGCCACGGAUCGCGAGAGGGAGCCACUGCUUAGUGACCAGGCGCAACAGCCUCCAACUGCGUCAUAA